AUGAUGGAGCAGUCCACUAUGUCCGCACAGCCGGCAUCUGCUCCUGCUACGAAGCAACCUACGGGCUUCUUUGACUUGCCACAAGAAUGCCGUGACAUGGUAUACCUGCAAUUUCGGCCUUUUGCUUACUUCGACAUAACUCAGCAGCCUAAAGCGAUCCACCAGCCGAGCAUUGCAAAAGUCUCACGCCAGGUCCGCGCAGAGUGCCUUGAUAUCUUCUAUGGCGACAGCAAAUUCAUGCUGGACAUGCGUGGCUGGAAGCACUCGGCAUACCCCAAGUCGUGGACUCCCAACAAGAUUUUCGACGAAUGGAUCAUGUCGCUUGGCGACGAGAAUACUGCGAGGCUCCGCAACGUGUGGUUUUAUCUGAACAACUCCAUGGUCGCAUUUACCAUCCGCAACGACAAGCCUCGCAUCACGUUCAAGUUCAAGCAGACCCGCAGCGGCAGUUCGUACGCCGAGAUUGCUGAAGAUGCACCGUCAGGUCACACAUUCAAGAUCGCCAUGGAACGUGCUCGCGCUCGUCUUACAUAUCGCGUCAACGAGGUUAUGGAUGCAGUCAAAGAGCGACCGCUCACUGUCACGGACUACAAGGGGUUAUGUAAGCUGGUGGAAGACAUCAAGCCUACGCUCUGCACCCGCAUCGGCAUCGGCUGGAAAGGUGCUGUGCUCGACAAGGAUCCAUCUGUUCACACGAAUGUCAACAUCCAUCGCAAGCAGUGCACUGAGUGUGGGUACUAUCGCAUCGGCGAUAGCAUGACUUCCAACUAA